AUGGAUCUCCAGAAGACGAAAGAGGCUAGGAGGAAUAUGCGUAGCAAGCAGGAUGAGAGCUCUGAAUAUUGUCUGGAGGCCUACGGCAAGAGUAACAAUUCUAAGAAUCUCCCAAAAAAUGAUUCUCUCGACCAUCCGCACGAUUCGCAGAACAAUGAAUCUUCGGCAGACGACAGUGAAAGGUCACACAUGACAAACCAGUCGCUCAGCAAUGUGCCGCAAUCUACUUCGUCAUGCCCGGCAGAUGCGCAAGAGGGUCUCCAAAGACGGUCAUCAAAAAUGCUCGCCAUUCCCAGCAUUCUGCGGUUAGAUGCGAAAAGGCUGAGGUUGCUACGCUCAGCAAAACGCCUGCCUCCAGUGACCAAGGAGACCCUCAGCGAGCUCGAUUUGCAUCGCAUCAUGGCCAAUAUCAAUCUCCGCAUGGAUGCGAACUUCGACCGUGAUCUCCAUUUCAAGCCAGACUUGGAUGGUGAGAAAGGCAGGAGGAAAAGGAGAGAAGCCGCAGAGUACUGGGAAUCUAUGGCGACAGAGAUAUUGGUGUACUCUUUUUGUGCAUCUAAUGGGCUUGAGCUGCGUCAAGAGACUGGAUCAGACAACGUCGAUGAGCCGACUUUUGAGCCUAGACUACCAGCUAUGUUCGAAACUUUGCAGGAUGUCCUGAAGACCCUCGUCCCGGAGCGCGACCACCCGAGUGUUAUGCAAAACUUGGAUGUAUCUUUGAUGAUGCAACAGAUUCGGAAGGGUGUUCUGGACCUAGUAGGUUUAGCAACAUGGUUAGCGGGACUCUUGAAAACUCAUUGCGCGCCUAUGAGAGACGAAUGGGCGGAUCAGAUGGUGGAGCAGAUCAGUUCAGGAUCAGAGGCCCAGGACAUGCGCAGGGUCGUCGACGGACUCCGCACACUUUUCGGAAUCCUCGAAGCCAUGAAACUGGACGUCGCAAAUCACCAAAUUCGUGCGUUUAGGAUCCUCCUAAUUGAAGACACGGUUCCGUUCCUACAAGAGUACUUCAUGAAAAGAAUGGCAACUCUCGAUUUCCCUGUUGAGUCAUCGAGGAUAUGGUAUUUGAAUCUUCGAAGACGUGAGCUACUGAGUCUUGAAGAUCGUUCCAAGAUAGACAGCUUCUGGCCUAUUGGGGUUCUCUUUCGCGGACUAUCGGACAUGCUUCUACAAUUCGACAGUCCCCGAGCGUUUCCUAAAACAUUCCAGUUCGAUUCCGGGAGACUGUGGCAAUUGCGCGCCGAUUUGCAGAACCUGAUCAACCUUGACAUCUGCUGGUACAUCUUCGAUGUCUACGUCCAGAGCCAGCAGGGAUAUAUGCCGUCGCAAGCUGAAACGUACGCCACAUUCCGAUCCCGGAUAUGGCCUCUAUUGGAGGGAAACGACGAUGGGUAUCGCGAAGCAUCACGCUGGCAAGGAAAUAUAUCUAGUGUCGCUCUCGAGAUUGCAAGGAUGGCAUCUGUUGUCUGCCACCGUGAUGAUAUGGUCUGCGACGAUGUUAUUGCCCCAAUAGAACGGGCCUUGGAAUGGCACCUGUCGCAUGAGUCAAGUGUCUUCCAGCUCUUCCAGACAGCUGCUCGGGAAAAGCUCUUGGAGAGAAUUUUCUCAUUCGCGAAGAAGUAUUUGCAUAUGUCACCACUGGCGAUAUGUGAGUCUCAGCGGCCAUUGCAAUCCCAAUAUGGAGGGUCAGUCUCUCAACGCCACAUGGACAUGGAUUUCAUUGCGAUGCGGCUUGCUCAUAUGGUCGUCCUCCACUGGAGGGUAUGGGCUCCUAUACUAUAUACGCGCGAUGAAAGCUCCGAAUCGCGAACAACAGAGGAUAAUCCUGACCUCGCACAUUUAUUCAAAAAUGGGUCUACGAGCGCAUGUCCUCGGUCAUGA